AUGACCAGGCAAGAGUUCUAUGUCCGGUUUAAGGGCCCAGAAGAGACGCCUUUUACCGGGGGACAUUGGAAAAUACAUGUCGAGCUGCCCGAUCAGUACCCAUACAAGAGCCCAAGCAUUGGAUUCGUCAAUCGGAUCUUCCACCCGAACAUUGAUGAGCUAUCGGGCUCGGUUUGUCUCGAUGUGAUCAACCAAACAUGGUCUCCAAUGUAUGACAUGCUCAACAUCUUCGAGGUGUUCCUCCCCCAGCUUCUCCGCUACCCCAACCCGGCCGACCCUCUCAACGGCGAAGCAGCAGCACUGUUGAUGAGAGAACCGAAAGCAUAUGAGGCCAAGGUCAAGGAAUACGUUGCUAAAUACGCGAGCAAAGAGGCGGUGGAUGAGGCCGGCGAAGAUACUGAAUCUGAAGAUGAACUAAGCUCCGCUGGGAGCUAUGACUCUGGCGGUGAGGAGCCAGCAGGAACUAUGGACGAUGUCUAG